AGCAUAAAAAUACUUCUCCUCUCUCUCUCUCUCGCACACACUCUAUGCGAUUAAUGACUGCAAAUGAUGGCAUUUUAAGUGGAAACUCUCUGUCAAAAUCUAAUCAAUUUUAGUUUGUUAGCCAUUAGUUGUUUGGCCACCUAAGAUUAGGAAAGUAUUGCGCAUAAAGUUAUGAAUUUUUGGAAAUGUUUGAAAUUGUUUGUUCUGCUAUUGGUGGUGAAUGGAGUAUCGCUGGCUGAGAGUGCCAAAAUAUUGGCUAUAUUUCCAUUUCCGGGUCCCUCACAGUAUUUGGUGGUCCAGCCUUAUUUGAAAACCUUGGCUGGCCGGGGACAUGAGGUAACCGUUAUUAAUGCCUUCCCCCAAAAAAAGCCCAUUGACAACUAUCGAGACAUUGAGGUGCCAGAGGUGAUGAAAUAUGUUGGAGAUCUAUUCAGCUAUGCCGAUCUACGCAUGAACAAACUCAAAGAAGUUUUGGGAUAUUCCUGGUAUUACAGCUCCAUUGUGCGCGAUGUAAUGGGAAAUGCCAACGUCCAAAAGCUUCUCCAGUCCGAAGAGGAACAUUUUGAGAUGGUCAUUGUGGAGACCUUGCAAACGGAUGUUUUCUAUGGUUUUGCCCAGCAUUUUAAUGCCUCCCUCAUUGGAUUCUCUUCGUAUGGCACCGAUCCUUAUAUUGACUCGUUGGUGGACAAUAUUUCCCCACUGGCCUAUAAUCCCCUGUUCAGUGGCAAUUCCAUGGAACGCAUGGACUUUUGGCAGAGAUUGGAAAAUAUGUGGCAUAAUCUGAUAAUGCUGUGUCACAGGGUCUUGAUACAUAACCCAUUGCAUGAUGGCUUAUAUCGGGAAUAUUUCCCCCAUGCCCGGAAAUCAUUGGAGGACAUGAGACAAAAUAUCUCCCUGAUAUUGUUGAAUCAACAUUAUAGCCUGAGUUUUCCCAGGCCAUAUGUAACCAAUAUGAUUGAGGUGGGUGGUUUCCACCUGCAGCCUAAACCCCAACCACUGCCAAAGGAUAUUGAAGAAUUUAUUGGCAACUCCGAGCAGGAUGUCAUCUAUUUCUCCAUGGGCUCCAACAUACGAAGUGAACAUUUUCCCGAACCCAUUCGCAAGGUGAUUCUGGAAACCUUCGCCCAGCUGCCCUACAAAAUAUUAUGGAAAUUUGAAAAUCCCGCAUUGAUGGCCAAUAAACCCUCCAAUGUUUUCAUUAGCAAAUGGUUUCCCCAGGGUGAUAUCUUGAAUCAUCCCAAAGUGAAACUUUUCAUAAGUCAUGGCGGCCUGCUAAGUCUAACCGAAUCAAUUUAUUAUGGCAAACCUAUUUUGGGCAUGCCCAUAUUUUUCGAUCAACAUCGCAACAUUCAAAGGGCCAAGCAGUAUGGAUUUGCCCUGUUCCUUGACUAUGCCACACUGAAUGUUACGGGGUUCACAGCAAGUAUUAGGGAGCUCAUGGAAAACCCGCAAUAUCUGCAGAGGGCCCAAGACAUAUCUCGACGUUAUCGCGACCAACCCAUUGAUCCCAUGGAAAAGGCCAUUUACUGGACGGAAUUUGUGUUGAGACAUCACGGAGCCCCCUUCCUGAGAUCACCAGCCCAGUAUUUGAAUUUUUGGCAAAAACAUAGCUGGGAUACUGCCGGAUUUUUAUUGGCCUGCGUGUUUGUGGGAUUAUUCGGAAGUGUCUUUGUGUUUGUAAAGUUAUUGAGAAUUAUUUCGCAUUUGAAAAAAAUGUUGUUAAAAGGAAAACCUAAAAGUGAUUAAGUGAUGCUAGUAUUUUUAUACCCUCCACCAUACAUAGUGUGGAGGAUAUAGUAAGUUCGUCAUUCCUUUUGUAACUCGUCGAAAUAAUAAUUUUAGACCUAACAUAAUAUAUAUAUAUAUUUUUUUUUUUUUGAUCAGCGUAAAAUUCUAACAUGAUUUAGCCCUGUCCAUUCGUCCGUAGGCCCCUCCGUCUGUAUAUCCCCCAUAUAACUGCACCUCCCGAUAUUCGGUAUUUUGAUGAUUUUAGCCACAUUUUUCAAUGGUAUUGUCUGAAAUUCUACACACGGAGUUCUUCGCGACUAGUUUACCCCCUGGAAGAGAAGUGUCCAUAUAGGUGCAGGUCUUCGUACACCCCCCAUAUAACGGUACCUCCCGAUAUUCGGUAUUUUGAUAAUUUUAGCGACAUUAUUCACCGGAAUUGCUUCAAAUUUUGUAUUUGAAAUUCGUAAUGGAUACUACAACCCAUGACGGAAAAUUGUCUGUGCAGGUCCCCAUCUUCGUAUAGCCCCCAUAUAACGGUACCUAUCGAUAUUCGGUAUUUUGAUUAUUUUAACCAAAUUUUUCAAUAUAAUUGUCUUAAAAUCCACAAAAGGAGUUCCCUCUGAGUACUUUACCCCCUGGAAGAGAAUUGUCCAUAUAGGUCCAGGUCUUCGUGCACCCCCAUAUAACGAUACCUCCCGAUAUUCGGUAUUUCAAUGAUUUUAGCGACAUUAUUUAACGGAAUUGUUUCAAAUUUGGUAUAUGAGGUUCAUAACGGAUGUUACAGCCUAAGACAGAAAAUUGUUUGUGCAGGUCUACGUCCUCGUAUAGCCCCCAUAUAACGUUAGCUCCCGAUAUUCGGUAUUUUGAUGAUUUUAGCGACAUUAUUAAGCGGAAUUGUUUCAAAUUUCGUAUUUGAAGUUCGUAAUGGGUACUACAACCCAUGACGGAAAAUUGUCUGUGCAGGUCCCCAUCUUCGUAUAGCCCCCAUAUAACGUUACCUCCAGAUAUUCAGUAUUUGGAUGAUUUUAGCCACAUUUUUCAAUCGAAUAGUCUCCAAAUCCACAAAAGGAGUUCCCUCUGAGUACUUUACCCCCUGGAAGAGAAAUGUCCAUAUAGGUCCACGUCUUCGUAUAGCCCCCAUAUAACGAUACCUCCCGAUAUUCGGUAUAUUGAUAAUUUUAGCGACAUUAUUCACCGGAAUUGUUUCAAAUUUGGUAUUUGAAGUUCGUAAUGGCCACUACAACCUAUGAAGGAAAAUUGUCUGUGCAGGUCCACGUCUUUGUAUAGCCCCCAUAUAACGUUACCUCCCGAUAUUCAGUAUUUUAAUGAUUUUAGCCACAUUUUUCAGCGGAAUUGUUUCAAAUUUUGCAUUUGAAGUUCGUAAUGGAUAUUAAAGCCUAUGACAGAAAAUUGUCUGUGCAGGUCUACGUCUUCGUAUAGCGCCCAUAUAACGAUACCUCCCGAUAUUCGGUAUUUCAAUGAUUUUAGCGACAUUAUUCACCGGAAUUGUUUCAAAUUUCGUAUUUGAAGUUCGUAAUGGGUACUACAACCCAUGACGGAAAAUUGUCUGUGCAGGUCCCCGUCUUCGUAUAGCCCCCAUAUAACUGUACCCCCCAUUAUUCGGUAUUUUAAUGAUUUUAGCUACAUUUUUCAAUGGAAUAGUUUUCAAAUCCACAAAAGGAGUUCCUUCUGAGUACUUUACCCCCUGGAAGAGAAAUGUCCAUAUAGGUCCACGUCUUCGUAUAGCCCCCAUAUAACGAUACCUCCCGAUAUUCGGUAUAUUGAUAAUUUUAGCGACAUUAUUCACCGGAAUUGUUUCAAAUUUGGUAUUUGAAGUUCGUAAUGGCCACUACAACCUAUGAAGGAAAAUUGUCUGUGCAGGUCCACGUCUUCGUAUAGCCCCCAUAUAACGUUAACUCCCGAUAUUCAGUAUUUUAAUGAUUUUAGCCACAUUUUUCAGCGGGAUUGUUUCAAAUUUUGCAUUUGAAGUUCGUAAUGGAUAUUAAAGCCUAUGACAGAAAAUUGUCUGUGCAGGUCUACGUCUUCGUAUAGCGCCCAUAUAACGAUACCUCCCGAUAUUCGGUAUUUCAAUGAUUUUAGCGACAUUAUUCACCGGAAUUGUUUCAAAUUUCGUAUUUGAUGUUCGUAAUGGGUACUACAACCCAUGACGGAAAAUUGUCUGUGCAGGUCCCCGUCUUCGUAUAGCCCCCAUGUAACCGUACCACCCGCUAUUCGGUAUUUUGAUAAUUUUGGCUACUUUAUUCACCGGAAUUGUUUCAAAUUUGGUAUUUGAGGUUGAAAUGGAUAUUACAGCCCAAGACAGAAAAUUGUCUGUGCAAGUCUACGUCUUCGAAUCGCCGCCAUAUAACGUUGCCUCCUGAUAUUCGGUAUUUUGAUAAUUUUAGCGAAAUUAUUCACCGGCAUUGUUUCAAAUUUCGCAUUUAAAGUUCGGAAUCAUUACUACAGCCUAUGCACUUACUCGUAUAACCCCCACAUAAAGGUUGUCAUCUGGGCUGUAUUUUUGAUAUAUUUUUUUAUUUAUUAAUUAAUUUUUUUUUUUUUAAUUUUGUUAGUUCCUUCCGAAUGGUGGAGAGCAUAAAAUUUCGGCCCGACCGAAAUUAGUUUCUUUUUUUAUUUGU